AUGGAAGGUAAAGAUGAUGUCACUAUGCGACCAACGGGUAUGAUUCCUGAUAUUCUCCUGGAUGGAGACCGUCUCAAUAUGCUACUGGAUCUUGUGUGUGCCGACUAUAUCACGGCGUGCUAUGCCAGUCGUGAAAAUGGUAAGCGUGUGGUUUUUAAAGCGCUGGAGAAGCUCUACAUCUCGGUGCAUGGCGGUGCUCCUGUUACUGGUACUGAUACUCGCAUUUUGAGGCCUGCACAGGAUCCGUUAUUUCAAGAACGAGCUUGUAUAUUCUAUGACGACUUGAUGGCGGAGUUUCGCGCCCGGAAACGAGCUGUAGCGACUGCUACAGAUGCCAAUACACCUCUGGCUGCAUCAUCAUCUAAAGACUUUGAUGACAGCGUUGUGAGAGAAGUUAUGAAACCUAGACUAUUGCAGAUAGUAGAAGAAAUGUAUCGUGAACAUGACCGUCUAGUUAUGCUAUCUGGAGGUGUGACAUCGUGGACUAGAGCUACUACAGCUCCUGUUCUAGCGACUGAUACUGGCGCAGUAGGAGAGAUGGAGAGAGAAUUGAUGCCUUCUAAUAUUGGAGAAAUUAGGAUGGAAGGGUGGCUUCGCAAGAAGGGACAACAUGUGAAUUUGUGGAGAGAGCGAUACUUUAUGAUUCGCUCGACACCUAAUGGCACGCACUUCUUGUACUAUUUGAGAAAGAAAGGAGACAAGGUACCACGUGGAUGGUAUGUGCUGGGACCUGGUACGACUGUUGAUGAAGUAAGAGAGUCACCAAGUAAAAUUGAGACCAAGAAGCUCUUUACAUUUAGGAUUCGUCAUUUGAACCAUGUGACGAAUGAUGAUGUGGAAGAAACUGGGGUGGAGGUAACCCCUAGAGCGACACCGUCUCGUCUUGGAAAUGAAUUGCAGUUGUCUCCAAUAAAUUCAUCGGCUGUAUCUCAUGACAUGGAGCUUGACGCAAAGGCAAGCGCUAAGCGCGCCACGUCGCGAAAGUUCCGAAAUCGUGCGGCGGCAGCGGCUGCUGCAGCAACAGCGGCAACAGCUGUGGUAUUGACAGGUGGUCUGGCUGGUGUUGGGAUUGGUAUGGUCGGCAUGAGUAUGAGCGCAGCGGCUGCUGCUAGCGCUGGUGCGGCGGGUGCGAUGAUUGCCCAAAGCCGCAGCAAAGGCCCUAUCGCUCUUGCUGCAGAAUCUUUAGAGACUGCAGUGUGGUGGCGCAACAGCAUUCUUGAGUGUAUUGCGCAGGCCGAAGAGCAGUGGAAGCGUUAUCUAAACUGGUAUAUGGAUCAUGACCCUGACAUGGAAGAAACUGGCAUCGCCUUCAUGCCUGAAAGCAGGCUGCAUGGAUUUACAGCAGCAGCCAACGGUGCCGUAAAAGGACGGUCAGCGUCAUUGCAGUCCUAUGGAAAGACUGGAUCCUUUACACUUCAUCCAGGCAACAGACAGCGAUCGGGAUCAUUUGGGUCGAUGCCGCGAUCCAUUGCAAAAAGCUUCCGGACAUCUGCUACAUUUUCGCAAGAGACAUCAUGGAAGCUUUACGAGUUCUCAAACAAACUAAGGGUUGAUACGGAGUGCUCGAGUUACCAAAGCAGCCUCCGAACGUCUGCACCCCCCACCGGCUCUUCGCACGAGUCUGAAGGUGAAUGCAUCGCCACGAAAGGUGUUUGA